UUGUAAAAGUCCUGAGAGUGAAAAUGAUCCAGUUCCUCUGAAGCUUAGUACAGUCAGGAACAGUUUCAUGAGAGUUGGUUAAACUCAGAGUUUAUUACUGUUCUUUCUCCUUUACAAACUACUGGAACCAGCUGAGCCGUCGGACCCACAGAAGACUGAUCCGUGCCGCAGGGGCUGAUGGGAAGUGUGAGGAGGCGUCAGAAACCACGUGAGCCACGACUCGUCUGGCGUCUCGUCCUGGUGUCAGCCUCAGCUGCGUCAGAGCUCCACUUCUCCUCAGGCUCCCCAGAGGAAACACCACAGCUCCACAUGCGUCUCCUGCCCGCCGCCGCUCUGUGCUGCCUGUGUUCAGCGCUUGUUGCCAUGGCAGCACAGCCGAUUCAGGACCAGUUAUCAUUGACCAGGACGGUCGGUGAUGCUGCGUCUUUCAGCUGUGGAGGAACUGGCGGGUGUGACUAUGUGUUCUGGUUCCAGAAGAAAGACACAGAAACAUUCAGAGUGAUUCUGGGUGUUGACAGUGAUGGUUCUGUUGAUUCAGAUUUCAAUCAUCCUCAGGUUGGCGACUUCACAGCUGAGAGGAAACAGAGCAUCUGUGAGUUGAAGAUAAAGAGUGUGAAGCGCUCUCAUGCAGCCACCUACUACUGCUCCUGUUGGAACCACAGUGAGAACUACGAUGAGUUCGGCUCUGGAACUAAACUGUUUGUAACAGACGAGCCUCUGGUGCAGCCCGUGGUGAGCGUGUACCCAGCAGCCUCCAGCGCCGCCCUGCAGGACCAGAGCUUCCUGCUGUGCGCGGCCUCGGACAUGGCUCCUCCUCCGGUCCGGUUCUCCUGGACCAGGCAGAGGGAGGGUGGUCCUCUGGAGGAGCUGCCCCCUGCCGGGGGAGGGCAGCUGGAGCUCAGAGGGUCGGGGAGCACCGCCGCCAUCAGGCUGGUGGACCGGGACGCUCUCCACACAUACAGAUACCUCUGCAACGUCCAGCAUGAGGGCGGCACGGUGAAGGCCCAGGCUGGACAAGACGUUUCUGCACUUCCUCCUCCAACAACACUUCCUCCAACAACACUUCCUCCUCCAACACUUCCUCCUCCAGCAGCCUCGGCCCCGUCUCAGUUCCAGGUGAAGCUGCUGUGUUUGCUGUACACGCUGCUGAUAGUGAAGAGUCUGGUCUACUGCUGUGGACUGUGUCUGAUCAGCAUCGUCAGGAACAAGACGCCGUCCACCCGCGUCAAACAAGAUGGCUGACUGUCGUCCGCCACCAGCUUCGACCUCUGACCUGUGGAAGCCUGAAGACCAACUCCAGACCCGAGCCGCCUGGUGAGUCGUCUGAGACUCGCGACGCUCCACAACGUCCUGUCCUGUCUCACACUUUCAAUACGUGAGUGUGGUUAAAAUGUAAAUGUUGAAUGUUGGUGACAAAAUGAUGAAAUUGAAACGACACUGAGACGAGAGAAACAGGCCUGAAGAACAAUAUUACAUUGAUGAUGAGACUGUAAAGGAGACUGAAGGACCUGACGAGCAGGAUACAUCACACACCAGUGUGUGUGUGUGUGUGUGUGUGUGUGACCUCAUGCUGGGACCCUAAAUGUACCACACACACACACAUGAGACAAACACUGGUGCAACUGUAAUUGAACAUUUAACUUGAGAAAUUGAUGAACACGGUGAAUUCAUUUAAUUCCAUUCUGUCACUGGUUGAACCACAAACACUGAACCUGGUCUCGUGUCAAAACCACUUCAGAGCCUCUUUGAGAAUAAACUCCUCCGCUCGUGUUCGUUGUAUCAACACGUCACCUGAGGCCAGUUUGGCUCGUUCACGUGUUUGUAACAAUUUGACUUCAAUCAUUAACAGAUAAAUCAACACCAGUCUCGUCCUUCAAUCGUCAUUAUUCAGACAGAACCUUUGUUUUCAACGGUUUCAUUUAAGAGUUUGAUCAAAAUUACAAAUCCUGUUUUAGUCAACAAGUUGAUGAAGAAUCAGUUUUUUACAUAUAUUUCAUUAUUACAUGUAUCGAAAAUAACAAAAGAAAAUUGACAGAAAUGUGAUCAACAGAUUUUAUCCUGUGUUUUGUUUCAGUUUUAAUAAAUAUAACAAUAUAAUAAUGUUAUGAGGCGAUGAACAUUUAAGAAAAGAAAUCUGUUUUACUGUUUUAAGUUCCUUUCUUCUUAUUAGUUAUGGCAGUAGUUCUUUUAUUGUCAUGACAGUUAUUCACUUAUAUGAUGACCAGUUUUUAUAGAUUACAUUUGUUUGGAUAAUAUCAACUGAAAUAUUUAAUUGGAUUAUAAAAGAAAAAAGACAAAUAUGUAUUUUUAUUCUUAGACUUUCGCUUCAGCUCAUUGUGUUGAUUGUCUGCAGAGCAACCUGACUCAAUAUUUACAGUAGUGUCUUUAACUGUGUACAGUAAAAAUAUGUCAAUGAUCUGAACAAAUGAAAUAAUUCUUCACGACGUACAAACUGUGAAUGAUUGUUUGAUUUCACGUGUGAUGUUUGUUUCGUCAAUAUGCAUCGAUACAUGAAUUACUAUAAACUCAGAUGCUCCCUUGAAUUAAUAAAUCCUAUGAUUCACACUGA